AAUUCUUUUUCUUUUUCUUUUUUUUUUAAAUUUUUAGACGCUGAAGAAAAAACCAUAAAGGCAAUUCCAAUUCCAUUGCACUUUCCAAUUUUCCACUCCUUAAGUCUUUCUUUGAUCUUUAUUUAUAAAUUUUUUAUCUUUUAAGAGUGAGAAAGACGGAACAAUUGCAACGGAGAGGGCUUUAGAGAGAGAAAGAGAGAGAUAGAGAUGUCGGGAGGCAUAGCGCGUGGACGACUCGCUGAGGAACGGAAGGCAUGGAGGAAGAACCAUCCUCAUGGUUUUGUUGCGAAGCCAGAGACGUUGCCUGAUGGAACGGUGAAUUUGAUGGUGUGGCAUUGCACCAUCCCUGGUAAAGCAGGGACUGAUUGGGAGGGUGGUUAUUUCCCACUUACACUCCACUUCAGUGAAGAUUAUCCUAGCAAGCCUCCGAAGUGUAAAUUUCCACAAGGUUUUUUUCACCCAAAUGUUUACCCAUCUGGUACUGUUUGCCUCUCAAUCCUAAAUGAGGAUAGUGGUUGGAGACCAGCCAUAACCGUGAAGCAGAUUCUUGUGGGUAUCCAGGAUUUGCUGGAUGCUCCAAAUCCUGCUGAUCCUGCACAAACUGAAGGCUACCACCUUUUCAUACAGGAUGCUAAUGAAUAUAAGAGAAGGGUUCGCCAGCAAGCCAAGCAGUACCCACCUCUUGUCUAGUGUUAUUAAAAUACUAGAUUGUCCUUGACAUUUCUGGUAAAAAUGCCGGCUGGCUGCGUCCUGUAUAAUGCUAGACUUGCUUCUCCUAGAGAAAGGCUUUGGUAUUUGGUAAUUGUCAGUUACCUUACUGUGUAAACUGUAUGAAACCAGGCUUUUCACUCAUCAGAUUUGGAUAAUGGUUGUUUAUAUACUAUUUAGACUAAUAACUUGCAAGUGGAAAACUGUGAAAGCCGCCUUCCAUACAGAAAACUGUGUGUUGUUUUAGGUGUGCACUAUGCACCAAAGACCUAUGACAAUAAUUUACAACUGGCUUUACGGUUUGGAUUA